AUGGAGCAUCAGACAGUGCUAGGCGUUGAUUCGCGAAGUCUGUCCUCAGUAGGGGGCAGCAGAAGCAACCUGCGUCACGUAACCGCGCCUUUCAAGCCCCCAGUGAAGGAAUCCGAACGGCCUAACACGACGGUGCGUUCGGUUAACGUCACCGGGGCCCCUGCAACGGACCCCUUGGUGCCCUCCGCGCAUUCGUACUAUUCCAACGUGAAAGAGAUCCCAUCCGCAUUGCCUCCGUUCGUGAGUUUCCGUGAAGCUGACGCUGAUACCGUCCAAGGCGACACCAACGAUUUGUCGGUGUCGUCGUUCAGCGCGGCGAUCAACGACCACAUUUCGAACAGGGUAGGCGAGGUUCUGAAGUGGAAGGUAAUGAAGCCUUGGGAGUGGUCACCGCUCGGUGACCAGGCUGCCAGCUACCUGCAGCACUACCACUCCGUCACCAAGGGCGAUGCGGAGGCGCACGCCUCUGUCGUGAGCAAGAUUUACCCCUCCGUGUUCACCUUCGACGACUAUGGCGGCGGCGCGCAUGGAAAACACGCCAGUGGGGUGGGCGAGCCCGUCGCAAACGUCCGCAUGGACUCGCGGCGGCACAUGGGUGCCGCCAUCCAGAAGGGGGAGCUGUUCGACAACCUGAGGCACAUCAACAACUUCUUCAUGGCCGACGAGACGCGCCUGCCAGUCUAUAUCGCAGCCUUCGGUUCGGGCUUUUUUUCCGUGCUGAUUUGCCUCUGCGCCGCCUUGUACGUCAAGUACCUCUUCGCGAGGGUGCGCAAAAGCAAGUCCACCACCCAGCAGAGCGACGGAGGGUCCGCGCUGCCGCUGCUCGACAAGCGGACGAUCAUGGCCGCCCAGAAGAAGGAGAACCUCGCCGAGACACGCGCGAUGAACCCGAACCUGGCGCGCAUCGACGACUACAUCCGCGGCGAGGUCAAGCGCUGGGAGCGCCGCGUGCUCAUGGCCGAGGCCAAGGCAGCCUCGCCGGAAAACUUUCAGGAGAUCAUGAAGGAGCUGAACUCCGACGCGGAGAGCAGCGACAGCGAGGAGCAGGAGGGCGGCAGGGUCAACAAGAUCUCGCCGGCGAACGCCAUCAACGCCAGCGUGGACAAACUGUUCCAGGGCAACGCCCAGCUGGAAAAGGCGCUGAGGCACGACAGCGACUCCGAUGAGUACACCACCGACAGCAGCGACUCCGACGCCAGCUCUUCCGACGAUGACUACGACUCGUCGUCCGACGACUCCAGCGAGUCCGACAGCGACUCGUAG